AUGGACAUUGAAUUUAAAAAGAAGUCAGCCUAUCGAAAGAGGGGAGCCAAAAACUCUGGCGAAAAUGAAGAGCCUCAAAACGAACAGACGAAAACGAUGCAAAAUUUUCAAAAGAACUUCCUAGAUCUUCUAUUUAACGUGUCAGGAAAGCCGGCGGAUCAACCGCUUCGUUUUCUAAAGAAAAAGGUUGAAGAGCACAAUGAAUUUCUGGAAACUUGUACAGGGGGUCGCAACAUACUUGACAAGUUACUCGGCCAGUUGGUAAAUUCAUACGAAGAACUCCCUGAAGAUAUUCUCCUUGUGAUAUUCUCAUCUAUUGAAUACAUGGCUGUCAAGAAACCGGGCCUACUGCAUGGCAAGGAUGUACGGGAAACCACGGCCUUGAACAUAAUAGCGAAAUGUUAUCCAGAUGUUUGCAUGAACAUCGUCAACAUCUUGAUACCGCCAAACACUCUAGACAAAGCAAAACUGGAGAGAAAUUGUCGAGGGGGCAGCGAUGACAAAUACAUAUGCCCAUUGUCGACUAUCAAUGAAUACCUCCGAGAACAUUCGUAUCGAAAAGACAUCGCCCCGGAGCACCCCGUCUCGAAAAAAUAUAAGUGUUUUCAUGACCUUAUCGAUCUGGAGAUUCUGGAGGACAAGAACACUGAACUAAAGUGUGCGCUCGAAUCGGCAAUCCUACCCAAAGAAACAACGUCACUAGGAAGCUCGACUCCUGAACAUGGACAGGGAAAGUCCAUACUCGGAAAUCUUUUAAACGAAGACUUUAUUGACCCGAUCAACGAUCCAGACGCCAUCGAAGAUCAGCUCAGCGGUUUCGAAUCUUUUUUGAACUUAUGCAAAAAUGAGGUUUUCAGCUACCGGAACGAGCAUGGAUUGACGCCUCUUCAACAGGCCAUAUGUUUCUAUCGCGACUCGGGGAAAAAGUCAAUAAAUUGGAGCUUUCUCUACGAAAUAAUCAAGAGCCUGGUUGUGCGGUUCCCGGAAUCUAUAUACAUAGAGUCAACAGCCAGGGCAACUGCCUAUACUCUCUUAGGAAGAUUCGAGUCCUCUAAAGAUAGAUCCUCGGACCAAACGUUGAUCAAGACCUAUACAAGAAACCCAAAUGAACAAGUAAACCCGGAGGCUGAUAACGAUGAAAUGAAGCCUCAGAGAAGAGGGGAGCGGAAAUUGACACUUCUGGAAUCCAAAAAACGUACAGAAUACCUUCUUAAGAUGAAUUGUAUCAGAGACGGAUCGAAAUCUCACAACGAAAAAAUACGUUAUUUAUACUCCAAUAACGGGCCUGUCCGAAACGCUCCAGCCAUGGAAUUUGAGGAAAUCCUCGAGUUGGUGCGCCUUCCUCAGAAGUGGCAACCUAAAAGCCCCACGGGAGAAAUGCCCAAGGUGGACGGUCUUCGCUUUUCCGACGAAGACCGGGAAAGCCGGCACCAAGAUCCAUACACCGCUAUUUUCCGGUGGUUGCGAAACGAUAAAAAAGUAAAAAAAAUAGUUCGUGUGGAGGUCGAUGAGAUUGUAGAGGGUGUCCAUGAUCAUAAUGUAUCACCUCACAGCAACCAUGCGAUCCGACAAUGCCUCCAGGGAUUUGAUGUCGAAGAACUAGACUGGAGAAAGUUCGAUAUCUGCGGAAACACCAUAUUCGAAGCAGUCGCACCCAAGAUCUCCCAGAGCAAUUCGUCUCCGGGAAGAGAACCAGCUCUCAGAAUAUUAGAUCUCUACUCAAGCGGGAAUACCGCCGUGCUUCGGGGGUGGGCCAACGACGACAGCCUAUCCAAGCUAAAGAAUUUGAAAGAAAUCACGAUACAUAUCCGUGCCUCCAAUCGAAGGGAUAGAGCAGACUGCGAAGCAUAUAAGGAGACACUCAAAACGAAACUGGAACAAUUUCACCCCUCCCUCACGGUCCGUUUCGAUGAAAAAAUGUUUUCUUCAGCUAUCACCGACCAGGCUAGAGGUAGCCAUGGCGCGAAAACUGUCAGCCUAUCGGAAUCAAAGACACAAUGGAUCGACAAGAUGGAAAAUUUCCGAAAUUGCAUACAGAGGGCAAUUGAUCCGGACAGAAGCCAGCCUAUACUUAAAAACUUCCCUACAAUUAAAGUCGCAGUUCUUGAUGAUGGCGUUAACUUCGAGACUGUACCACCUAUAUGCAUAAAGGACGCGAAGGCUUUCUGCCAUAAAGGUCAUCUAUAUUACCGAUUCGACAAUAACCAUGGAACAAUAACGGCUUCACUUGUUCGAGAAGUAUGUCCGGACGUCGAGCUCUAUAUCGCUCGUUUGGAUGACACGAAAGAAUUAAGUCGAGAUCGUUUCCAUAUUCGAUCUGCCGCUGAGGGAAUCCAAUCGGCGAUCGAUAAGAAAGUCGACAUUAUAUCUAUGAGUUGGUCGUUUGCUGCCAGCCCCAACGACGAGGAUAAAAACAAGGUUAGGGAAGCGAUACAGCUUGCAGCAUCAAAGAAAAUACUACUUUUUGCCUCCAUGCCCGACAAAGGCCCAGAUGCAAAGCUUGAAGAUUAUUGGCCCGCAGGUCUCCCGGACGUCAUCAGGAUUGGGUCCGCUACAACGACUGGGCAACGCUCCACCGAUAACUGGUCAUCAGAGCCAGAAUAUAUUUUCCCAGGAGAAGAUAUAGAGUUAAGGAGUGAAAAAGGAGAAAACGACAAAAAAGUUGUUAGCGGAAGCUCUGCUUCGACGGCUUUGGCUGCUGGACUUGCCGCCCUUAUUUUAUUCUACAUGGAAGCCUAUGUCCAAGUCAAAUCUAUGACUGCAGAGGAAGCAGGAGAUAUCGUCGGGAAGGUAAGGACUUGCGCGGGAAUGAGAGCUUCAUUCAGAGCACUCUCCUCGAAACACCCCACUUGGAAUGAUUACUACGUCCGGCCAUACAUGAACAAGACCUUCAAUAAAUCCGUUGGAGAUCGCUCAUCAAGCAUAAAAGGUAUGAUUACGGAUGUCGGAACCGUCUUAGCCGAUAGGUUACAGAGUGUGAUUCUUUAA